AUGGUCCUUUUUGUGGAGCUGGUCCCGGUACUCCUAACCAUAAUGAGCUUCCUGAGUCCCCGAGGAGUAAGGGCCAUCAAGGCCGACCACGUGGGCUCCUAUGGACCCGCCUUCUACCAAUCUUACGGUGCUUCUGGACAGUUCACACACGAAUUUGACGGGGAACAAAUUUUCUCUGUGGAUCUGAAGAACGAGGAGGUCGUGUGGCGUCUUCCUGAGUUUGGAGACUUCGCACACUCGGACUUUCAGAGUGGGCUGAUGAGCAUUUCCAUGAUCAGAGCUCAUCUGGACAUCUUGGUGGAACGCUCCAACCGAACCAGAGCCGUCAGCGUGCCUCCCAGAGUGACCGUUCUCCCCAAGUCUCGUGUGGAGCUCGGAAAGCCCAACGUCCUCAUCUGCAUCGUGGAUGAUAUCUUCCCGCCUGUGAUCAAUGUCACCUGGCUGCGCAACAGCCAGCCCAUCACUAAGGGAGUGGCCCAGACCAGCUUCUACUCUCAGCCUAACCACAGGUUCCGGAAGUUCCACUACCUGACCUUCGUGCCCUCUGCGGAGGAUGUGUACGACUGCAAGGUGGAGCACUGGGGCCUGGAUACACCGCUCCUCCAGCACUGGGAACCCCAAGUGCUUACCCCACCACCGGACACCAUAGAGACCCUGAUCUGUGGCCUGGGCCUGGUUCUUGGCCUUAUGGGCUGCCUCCUGGGCACCGUGCUCAUGAUCACAGGCACACGCAUGCCCAGUAUCCGCAGGUGCAGAAGCCCCGGGAGUCUGUGGGCAAAGGGAGGAAGGUAACUUCUCUUCUGAGAAACCCUUGAGAGAAGAUUCCUGGCGGACUUCUGGAAGCUUCUGUGUGCUCAGCGGCAGCCUGUGACAGUGUUGACCUCGAGUGGCAUCAACCUCUGUUCUAUAGAUCGCUUAUUUUCUGAUCACCAAAUCCCAGUAGAACAUUGUGGGCGCAGUCUACUGCCCUGGUACCCCACUUCACUCAUAGCUCCAGUGCCAUCCACAGCUCUGGCAACCGCACUAAAUUCUCUUAAGAGUCCUUGUGUGUGUCCUUUUCACAGGGUCAGUACUUACAGGUCAGGGACGCCUGAGCAUCAAGAGGAGUUCUGGGUGGUGAUCACCCAGCGGGGCCACAUUAGUAAAUGUUUU